AUGAAACGAUAAAAUUCUGCUAAUGGUACAGGAAGUCCAAGUCGAUAUUUCUCAACGACCUAGAAUUAAUUUACAGACAUACUUAAGUAGAUCACAUAAAAUUGCAAUAAUAAACCAGUCAAAAAGGCACUCAGUCCAAAUCCAAAUGGGUAAUUGCAGAAGCGAAUAAAAACUUAAACUAGUUGCACAAAAAUAGCAAAUCAAAACAAUUUCAAUAAAAAAGCUAGUUCAAGUGUUCCCAAAAAUAGAAUUGAGUAUUUUACUAUACAAGAAUAAAUUGGAUCUGGGAAAUUUGGUAAAGUGUACAAAUGUAUUUUAAACUCAACCAAGAAAGUGUAUGCUAUAAAGAUGAUUGACAAAUAACAAUUAAAGAAGAAUUAAAUGAAUCAAUAGUUGCAAAGAGAAGUGACUAUUUAAUAAAUGCUAAGGCACCCAAACAUAAUUCAGUUAAUCGAAUUUUUUGAGACUACGACUAAUUAUUGUUUAGUAAUGGAAUAUGCUAAUGGAGGAACCUUAUUUUAAUCAUUGAUGAGAUAAAAUAAUAAAAGGUAUUCAGAACCUGCUGCUUCAAAUAUGAUAAAACAAGUUGCUUUAGCAAUAUAAUAAAUGCAAAAAUAAUCCGUAAUUCACAGAGAUCUAAAACCAGAAAAUAUAUUAUGGUGUGAUGGAAUGCUUAAAAUUAGUGAUUUUGGUUGGUCAAUUCAGGACAAAAAAGAAAGAGAUACACUGUGUGGAACAAUAGACUAUUUACCUCCAGAAAUGGUCUAUGGACAAUCCUAUGACAACUCAAUUGAUUUAUGGUCAUUAGGAGUCCUAACCUUUGAAUUAACAACAGGUAAGACUCCCUUCUAAAUUUAAGAAGGAUUUGCAUUGUAAUUUCCAGACCAUUUGUCUGGAGACGUAAAAGACUUAAUGAAGGGAUUAUUGACAGAUAAAAAAAACAGGAAAACAAUAGAUUGGGUAUUAAACCAUGUUUGGUUAUGUUGA